AUGAUGAUGAACUUCCUUCCUCCUGAUGGCAUUCUCUGGUGUGCAGAACCUGCAGGUCUUACUUUCUACAUCCUUCUCUCUGAUUUACUGGCAAUAGUAAUGGGAAACAUUCUCAUCAUCGUCAUCACCACCGACAAGAAUCUUCACACCCCCAUGUACUUCUUCCUCAGAAACCUAUCCAUCCUGGAUGCUUGCCACAUUUCAGUGACAGUCCCUAUGUCAUGCAUGAAUUCCCUGCUUGGCAGCAGUGGCAUUUUCAAGACUGAGUCCACAGCUCAGGUCUUCCUGGUGGUUUUCUCUGUGUACAUGGAACUCCUGUUUUCUCACUGUCAUGGCUUGGGACUUCGACAUAGCCAUCUGCCGGCCCCUCCACUACCUGAUGGUCAAGAGCCCAGUGCAUACAUCUGGAUGACCCUGGCCUCACUGCUCAGCUGUUUGGCCUGUGCUGCCACACACAAGAGCAACACGUUCUGGCUGCCCUUCUUCAGGUCCAAUGUCAUCCACCAGUUCUUCUAUGACAUCCCUUCUCUGCUGAAGCUCUCUUGCUCUGACACUUUCAGCAACAAGGUCACCAUUGCUGUCUCUGGCCUGAUGAUUGGUGGUGACUGCUUCAUCUUUAUUCUCAGGUCUUAUGUUCACAUCUUUCUCUACUCUCAGGUUUCCACUGGAGCAGAUAGAAAAAAAAGGCCUUCUUCACCUGUGUUCCCCACAUUUUCAUGGUGUCAAUACCCUCCGCUCAGGCUUUUAUAUCUACCUGAGGCCAUCUGCACCGCCACCACCCAGGACAUGGUGCUUUCCGUGUUCUACUCAACCAUCCCCCCACUUUUCAACCCUGUUAUCUACAGUCUUAAAAAUGAACAAAUAAAAUGA